UGAUGGCAAGUAUAUGAAUGUGGGAAGCGAUACUCAGAUCCGCCAACUUCUUUAUGGUGGCAUUCUUAACAGUAAGGACCCAAAUGUGAGUCUUCCUGAUGAGAAAACUUUCAAAGUUCCCAAUGUCAAUAAAGUGAUUGAAGAAGGCAAAAAGGCUUCCACUAAGUUUUGCAGUAUUAAGCUGUGUAGCCUUGGUGUUAAGCUCCCUGCUGAGAUUUACACUGCCACUGGUUGGCCCUUAGUUAAUGGUAAUGCUUUGAAAACCUUAGCUGGGAAGGUUUCUGCAGAAUAUGAUUUCACAGAUGAUACCAAUGAUGGUGAUAUCGACAAUUCUCCUGAAAAAAUGAUUGAUGUUGAUACAUCUGCAUAUGGAUCCGCUUUUGCAGCAUUUGAGGAUGAGGAAAAGGGGAGGGAGGCAUGCCAUGCCAUUGCUUCAUUAUGUAAAGUUUGUUCCAUUGACACUCUAAUAACCAAUUUCAUUCUCCCUUUGCAGGGGAGUAAUAUAUCAGGUAAGAGUGGAAGUGUUCAUUGUUCAUUGAAUAUCAAUACAGAAACUGGGCGUUUAUCUGCCAGGAGACAAAAUUUGCAGAAUCAACCUGCACUAGAGAAGGACCGGUAUAAGAUAUGUCAGGCCUUUGUAGCUGCCCCCAGAAAUUCCCUUGUUGUUGCAGAUUAUGCGCAGCUGGAACUCAGGAUUCUUGCACAUCUGACUGACUGUAAAAGCAUGUUGGAUGCCUUCAAAGCUGGUGGAGAUUUCCAUUCAAGGACUGCAAUGAACAUGUACUCUCAUAUCCGUGAAACUGUUGAAAAGAGGCAAGUUCUUCUUGAGUGGCAUCCUCGACCCGGUGAAGAGAAACCACCAGUUCCACUUUUAAAGGUAAAGUAAAAAUCUGUAAU